UAAUGGGAUUAUCCUAUCUGAUGAAAAGCUUAUGGAUAACAUAUCUUAGCAUAUAAAUAGUUAAUGUGAUUCAUCAAACGUUUUCGUUUCUAUAGAACAGCAUAUAUACAUUUCAACAGGAAAAACAAGCGAUGAUUUUUUUUAAUGUUAGAUAAUGGUGUAAAAUAGGACUUUUGCAUAGAAAGUGCACCGGAAAAUGACCUAGAUUUUCACGUGACAUGCUAUAUAACUGCACGCCAUGGUAUACCGAAAGUUCUGUAACUCGUGAUUGUAAGGCCCCGCUUCCCCACACAUGCUUUACACGCGUCACGAGUGCUGGUAUUUCUUUACAGAACGUUUUAACCUUAAACGUUUCAUGUGAUGUUAUUGUACUGUGAGACGUGACGGGUUACCGACGGCUAUAAGUUCGUUAUACAUAAGACGUGAAUUAGUGUAAGAACACAGACAAAAUCACGGACUUUAAAGAACAAGGACCUAACAGGACAGUAACAGCAGCCGAGAUGUCUACCAAUCACGUGGUAUCUAAGUCAAUGCAGCACAGACUGGCUAACGAUCCAAUGCUGGUGCUGAAUAAGAUGGCUUCCCAGAACGGAUCUGUUAACUUGGGUUUGGGAUUUCCUAACUUCCCACCUCCGAACCACAUCACUCAGGCUCUCGCAGACGCAGCAACAGGCGAAAAUCAUAUGUUACACCAUUAUACCAGACCGUAUGGUCAUCCUCGUCUAGUGAAUAUCCUGGCGAGGUUGUACUCGAAUCUCCUGUCAAUCAGUCUGGACCCGCUUGACCACAUAUUGACCACUAUAGGGGCUUUCCAGGGUCUGUCAUCUAUCUGUCAGAGCCUGAUACAUCCGGGAGACGAGGUGAUCCUGUUGGAGCCGUUUUAUUCCCCGUACAGAAACAUGCUGGAAAUGAGAGGUGCUGUACCAGUGUUUGUACCUCUGCGUCCUUACGACGACGGCAGUGGACAGAGCAGUGCUAAUUGGGUGUUCGACAAGGCAGAGCUGCAAAAUGCUGUGACAAACAAAACCAAAGCCAUUUUCCUCAACACGCCUAUGAAUCCACUAGGGAAAGUAUUUGACAGGGAAGAAUUACUGGAGAUAUCGGACCUCUGUAUAAAACAUAACCUAUUGUGUGUGACUGACGAAGUGUAUGAAUGGCUGAUUUACGGCAGAAAGCAGCAUAUACGUAUCGCGAGUUUCCCCAACAUGUGGGAGCGCACCGUUACCCUUGGCAGUGCCGGGAAGAGUUUCAGUGUGACUGGGUGGAAGGUAGGAUGGUGUAUAGGUCCUAAACACCUGAUAAAGGUCCUUCAGAACUAUCAUUUCUCCUCGAUCCGGACCAGCCCAACUAUUUCCCAGGAAGCUGUUGCUGUAGCGUUAGAGAAGGAAAUGCUCGUGCUAAACACGCCAGAGUCCUACUUCUACACGCUGUCUAAGGAUAUGGAGGGGAAAAGGAACAGAAUGUGCAAAUACCUCGAUAACGCUGGCUUCCAGGCCAUAACUCCCGACGGUGGCUACUAUAUCAUAGCAGAUAUAUCAUCUAUACAAGCGCGUUCUGUGGGAAAUGAAGAAAAAACAGACGAGGCGCUGGACUACAGAUUCGCCAAGUGGGCAGUGACAGAAAAGAAACUAUGUGUGCUGCCUAUGUCAAUUUUCUACUCGGAAAACCACCGUCACUUGUGCGAGAAAUAUGUUCGGAUUUGCUUUGUGAAGACCGAUGAAACGCUAGAGAAAGCAAAGGAAAUACUUGACGAUUGGAAGCAAAAUUGAAAAGGCAUUUUGCUGGGAAAUAUUCUGCCAGAAAAUGUUUGCUACUGACUUUACCCAAAUCUCUAUAACAUCACCCAUUCUCUAUGUAGAAGAGUGGUAUUUACAGACAGAUUAGAUUCCUAGUUCAAAGGCAUACAGUGUAUUUAUAGACUGGCCAAAUUGGCAGUAAUAAUCAUUUGGCAUCAUAAGACAGGUGAUGUCUUCAGCAAGUUUACCGAAAUUAUUGCCAUGUAGUAGCUAUAGACAGGAGCAUAUAUUUAUAUGCAAUAAGUUUAUAAAGAAAGGUUUUUGCCGGUCUCCGUUAUUUUAUUUGUUUGAAUUACUAGUAUCUAAAUACACUAAAGGCAGUAAAAUACCCCACUGCGUAGUCUUAUUAUGUGUAAAUACUAUUAUAAAAGCACGUCUUAAUUAAUAUUGCAUCAGGACAAUGCAUUUAAUAUUGAGGAAUAUAGGACGAAAGUACCUAGGAAAACCGUAAAUGGGAAAUACCACACAUGUCCUAUCUGACGUUUUCGAUUUUAGGAGGUAUUGCGAAUAAAGAUAUAUUUCACGAAGACCUCAGUUUAAAUUAAUUAAAUCCAUUUGCAUUACCAAAGAGUGCAAUCGUGGACGUCAGAUGGACCACAUUUUUGUGGUAUUACAAUUAUACAUUUAUAAAAUAUUUUCACAAGCGUUUUGUAUACGUUCUCAAAGUUUCUCAUUAUCCCUUUUUGAUGACCAGUUUGGACCUGCAGAAGUUGAACCGACCAAAAAUAGUGGACAAAACGUCGUCGAGGACGAAUGAGUGACAUCACGUUACCAUAUCGAAUCCAUUCUUGUUUUUUUCUACAGAUGAAUUUCAAUGAAAAUAAUGAGAAUAUUUAAGAAAUGUGACAAACGGAAUCCUGUAUUGUGUAUAAAUUAGAAUAAAAUUAGAAUAACUGUUAUCUUUGUACAUGCCAAGUGGAUACAGAUGAUGUAGUUUCAUCCACGCUUUACGAAUCACGGUAAUCAUUGUAUUUCUUAUUAAUAUUAGUGUUAGACCAACCAAUCUUACAUAUAUUGAUACAGUUUAUCUAUUUAUAUAAUAUUAACUUUGUAGUUAUCAGUUUAUAGUUAAUAAAUAUAUUAAACCGAACAAAUUAUUUAAAAGGAAUGAUUUAUUUAACGAUGAAGCUAAUGUAAACCGAAAACAACUCGAUGCCCUGCAUUGUUGAACUAAUCAAAUAAGAUAUGUAUGUUUUAAAUUAAUUUAUGCUAAAGUCUUCUUCAGGACAAUAAUAUGAAUACAACUAUUGACAUUUUAAAAAGUUUAAGUGGAUGAUAGCGUUUGCAGGUAAGAUAUUGCGACAAUAUGUGUGAGCGUGAAUUUGAACAUUAUAGCAUUGUCCUCAAGCCGGACAGAUUAUUAAUACUUUCAUCACUAUUGCGUGCAAUUUGUGGAACAGUUAGCUCCUUGUAUUAACUAAAUGAUCCGGGCACUUCGCUCUCUGAUUAUGUAUAAAUCAACUAGUCUGUUUUUCGAAGUAAUGAAACAUGAACGGCUAGAAAUUCAGAACCGAAAUGGACGAUUUCGAAAACAAUUUCUGAAAUAAAUAUUUGCCUUGUUGGUUUCAUGAUAAUGUUUGUUAUGAAAAAUGAAAAGUAGUAAUUAAAAGACGACUUGCAAGCAGUGUUCGAAUCAUUAAUACUCACAGCAGAAUGGUGGUGUCAAACUUUUAACUGAAGAUUGUGUUUACCGAAAUAAAUAAAAAAAAAAAGACGUCAAUACGACAUUUAUCACUAGGGUUUUCGAAAACGUCUAUUAGUAGAUAAGGCAGUAUUCAUCAAUGCAACUCAAUAUAGACAAUCAAUAAAUGUAAUCUUUUUGAGCCCACAUUAUAUUGAUUAUGUAUUUCGUGGUCCAGAUUGUUCAUACUUGAAAUUAAUUUGUUAAUUUUGCCGAGCCAAUAUAACUAGUCGAGAUCCUCCCUCUUAAUUGUCGACACUCAUUUCUGAGGUAAUAUUUGCAAGUCCAAGAUUUCAUGCAAUUUUCAAUCUUUCGGUGUAACCAUAUAGAAUGGCCAAAGAGCAAGCAGCGAGAUAAGCCGACUAUUUCAGAUAAUAAACUAUGAUCGCACGUGUUUAAGGCUGAUGAGGAUUUUUGUAUAUAAAUAUAUUUUUAUUAUAAGAAUGUUUUAAAUAAUAGCAAAUUGAUUAAUUUCUAUACUAAAAAUAUCAUUUUUUAAAUU